AUGGAGGAGUAUCCCGCGAGUAAGAGGGAUCGCCGGCGCCAUAACAUGGCACUUAGGCUGCGCCAGCUUGACGGAGCUUUCGAGUCUGAGCGUGACAUUCACUACAAUGAGAUGCUACACACCUUGCAAACUUCUCUUUAUGCUCUUCACCAAGGAACCAAUCCGGAGUUUUUGGAGCGUUUGGCUGAUCUCGAAGAACACAGAGAUAAUCGCCUUACAGAGCUGUACCUGUGGGAACGCUACCAAACGGAGCAGGCGCAAAAGCAGUACGAGGAAGAAAAGGAGCAGGCUAAUGCAGAGUAUGAGCAUACUAUGCAGCUGGUCAAAGAAAAGCUGAGGGCCCGCCUAGAGUCGUACCGCAAACGAUUAUCCGAAGAUAGGGCUCUGCUGGACGUAGCAAAUGACCACGCGUUUUUCUUGACUGCUGCCUCGGCCGUCGGCGGGAGCAUGAACGGAAGUGGAGCGAGUGCCAGCGGGCGGCUCGACAGGGCCUUUUUGUCCGCCUCCGACCGCCGCAGUUUGCGCCGCAGAGAAUUCACAGAAGAUUUAUCAGGACUAUCUGGUAAUGAAGGUGGUACUGCAACUGGAGGGCGCAGUAGCCGGCGGGCCAGAAACGCUACUAAUUCAGACGCCGAAACGGGCACCGACAGAGGCGAUUUGGACUCUGUCCUCAAAGACCUUGACGCACCGCCUGCUCGCCAUGUCACAAAGUCGUACCAAGGAGUCAAAACACUACGUUUUGAAGAUGGUCUAGCUGAUCUUGCCGCUAUUCGUGACCAAGUUAAACGAGCUAAAUGGCGUUAA